AUGUCCUCUGUCAAUGACACUGCCUCAUAUCCCUCUGCCUUUCUUCUGCUGGGUAUACCUGGUCUGGAAGCUUUCCAUAUCUGGAUUGCCUUUCCUUUCUUUGUAGUUUAUCUAAUAGCAUUUGUAGGGAAUGUCACAAUCCUGUUUGUGAUUCACACUGAGCAGAGUCUUCAUCAACCCAUGUUCUAUUUUCUGGCUCUCCUAUCCUUUAUUGACCUUGGCCUCUCCACUUCUACAAUUCCCAAGAUGCUGGGCAUCUUCUGGUUCAACCUUAGGGAGAUAAGUUUCGAAGGUUGCCUCAUCCAAAUGUUCUUUAUCCACACCUACACUGGUAUGGAAUCUGUUGUACUCUUGGCUAUGGCAAUUGACAGAUUUGUUGCUAUCUGUUACCCAUUAAGAUAUACAACUAUUCUCACCAACAAAGUGGUAGCCAUCAUGGCCUCUAUUGUAGUGGGGAGACCGGUCCUCCUUGUCAUCCCCUUCUGCCCUCUUCUCAAAAGACUGCCCUUCUGUGGACACUACAUUAUCCCUCACACCUACUGUGAACAUAUGGGAAUCGCCCGUCUUGCCUGUGCUAACAUAAAAGUCAACAUCAUCUAUGGCUUAUUUACCAUUGCUGCCCUCAUCCUCGACUUGGUCCUUAUUGCUGUCUCCUAUGUUCAAAUCCUACGAGCUGUUUUCCGCCUUCCUUCCAGGGAUGCCAGACUCAAGGCACUUAGCACAUGUGGUUCACAUGUUUGUGUCAUCUUAGCCUUUUACACACCAGCAUUUUUCUCUUUUAUGACUCACAGGUUUGGUAGAAAUGUUCCUCGCUACAUUCACAUCCUCCUGGCCAAUCUGUAUGUGGUUGUUCCUCCUAGUUUAAAUCCAGUAAUUUAUGGGGUCAGGACAAAGCAAAUUCGGGACCGAGUUAUGUUUUCACUAAAAAUGCAAGGGAACUGA